AUGACCCCACUUGUGUUUUGUCUCAUGCCAGACAGGAAAAAAGAAACGUACAUUCGAGUAUUUGAACAUUUGAUGUCACUGGUUGUAGAGGUAACCAGAGCCGAGUUAGACCCGGAGACAAUACAAAUAGACUUUGAGAGUGCAGUCAUUGAAGCCCUGAGGAUCACGUUCCCCAUGACCAACAUCCGUGGAUGCUACUUCCACUGGAUGCAGGACUUAGGACUAGUGCGACUCUACAAGCAGAAUGCCGACGUCAAGCAAUGGGUGAGACGAGCUGCUGCUCUGCCUCUUUUGCCUCCCGCUGAUGUUCAGGACGUAUGGCGCGUAGCUAUUGAGGCUUUAGAACAGGCUGAGGUUGAGAGUCCUGCAUUUCAACUGUUCAAUGAUUAUGUCGUGUCAAACUGGGUGGGGGACGAUGCUAGAUUUGGAGUUGAAAUCUGGAGUCACCAUGACAAUGUAGGGGACAGGGAGACCCCAGCGGAGACCCUGAUGCGACCCCCGUCGACAAGACCUUCACUAGAGUCCUAUGUCGACGACAGCAGAACGUUUGAUAGAGUGGACCUCUCCCAACGCAAAGAGUCUUUUGUCUACCCCUUCAUCCUCUCACUAUUAUCCCCAUCCCCGUCAUCCCCGUCAUCCCCAUCUCCGUCAUCACCCCGGCAUCUCCCCGUCAUCAUCACCAUACCGUCAUCUCCCCAUCAUCAUUCCCAUCCUCGUCAUCUCCCCGUCAUCAUCCCCAUCCCGUUAUCUCCCCGUCAUCAUCCCCAUCCCCGUCAUCUCCCCGUCAUCAUCCCCAUACCGUCAUCUCCCUGUCAUCUCCCCAUCAUCAUUCCCAUCCUCGUCAUCAUCCCGUCAUCACCCCGUCAUCUCCCCGUCAUCAUCCCCAAAACGUCAUCUCCCUGUCAUCUCCCCAUCAUCAUUCCCAUCCUCGUCAUCAUCCCGUCAUCACCCCGUCAUCUCCCCGUCAUCAUCCCCAUACCGUCAUCUCCCUGUCAUCUCCCCAUCAUCAUUCCCAUCCUCGUCAUCAUCCCGUCAUCACCCCGUCAUCUCCCCGUCAUCAUCCCCAAAACGUCAUCUCCCUGUCAUCUCCCCAUCAUCAUUCCCAUCCUCGUCAUCAUCCCGUCAUCAUCCCGUUAUCUCCCCGUCAUCAUUCCCAUCCCCGUCAUCUCCCCGUCAUCAUCCCCAUACCGUCAUCUCCCUGUCAUCUCCCCAUCAUCAUCCCCAUACCGUCAUCUCCCCGUCAUCUCCCCGUCAUCAUCCCCUUACCGGCAUCUCCCUGUCAUCUCCCCAUCAUCAUUCCCAUCCUCGUCAUCAUCCCGUCAUCACCCCGUCAUCUCCCCGUCAUCAUCCCCAUACCGUCAUCACCCUGUCAUCUCCCCAUCAUCAUUCCCAUCCUCCGUCAUCAUCCCCAUCCCGUUAUCUCCCCGUCAUCAUCCCCAUCCCCGUCAUCUCCCCGUCAUCUCCCCGUCAUCAUCCCCAUACCGGCAUCUCCCUGUCAUCUCCCCAUCAUCAUUCCCAUCCUCGUCAUCAUCCCGUCAUCACCCCGUCAUCUCCCCGUCAUCAUCCCCAUACCGUCAUCACCCUGUCAUCUCCCCAUCAUCAUUCCCAUCCUCCGUCAUCAUCCCCAUACCAUCAUCUCCCUGUCAUCUCCCCAUCAUUAUUCCCAUCCUCGUCAUCUCCCCGUCAUCAUCCCAUCCCGUCAUCUCCCCGUCAUCAUCCCCAACCCCGUCAUCUCCCCGUCAUCAUUCCCAUCCCCAUCAUUUCCCUGUUAUCUCCCCAUCAUCAUUCCCAUCCCGUCAUCUCCCCAUCAUCAUCCCCAUCCCGUCAUCUCCCCGUCAUCUCCCUGUCAUCUCCCCGUCAUCAUUCCUAUCCCGUCAUCACCACGUCAUCUCCCUGUCAUCUCCCUGUCAUCAUCCCCAUCCCGUCAUCCCUUCGUCAUCUCCCCGUCAUCAUUCCUAUCCCGUCAUCACCACGUCAUCUCCUCGUCAUCUCCCCGUCAUCAUUCCCAUCCACAUCAUUUCCCUGUUAUCUCCCCAUCCCGUCAUCUCCCUGUCAUCAUUCCCAUCCCGUCAUCUCCCUGUCAUCAUCCCCAUCCCGUCAUCUCCCUGUCAUCAUCCUUAUUCCCGUCAUCAUCCACAUCCCCGUCAUCAUUCCCAUCCCCGUCAUCUCCAUAUCAUCACCCCCAUCCCCGUCAUCCCCAUCCCCGUCAUCACCACGUCAUCUCCCUGUCAUCUCCCCGUCACCAUCCCCAUUCCCAUCAUCUCCCUGUCAUCUCCCCGUCAUCAUCCCCAUCCCCAACAUUUCCCUGUCAUCUGCCCGUCAUCAUUCCCAUCCCCGUCAUCACACCGUCAUCAUCCCCAUCACGUCAUCCCCCGUCAUCAUCCCCAUACCGUCAUCAUCCCAAUCCCCGUCAUCUCGAUGUCAUCACCCCCAUCCCCGUCAUCAUCCCCACUCCCGUCAUCCCCAUCCCCGUCAUCUCCCUGUCAUCUCCCCGUCAUCAUCCCCAUCCCCGUCACCCCCGACCCCGUCAUCUCCCCACCCCAGCCAUCCUUCCGUCAUCUCCCCAUCCCCGUCAUCUCCCCAUCCCCGUCAUCAUCCCCAUCCCCGUCAUCUCCCCACCCCAGCCAUCCUUCCGUCAUCUCCCCAUCCCCGUCAUCAUCCCCAUCCCCGUCAUCUCCCCAUCCCCGUCAUCCCCAUCCCCGUCAUCAUCCCCAUCCCCGUCAUCUCCCCAUCCCCGUCAUCAUCCCCAUCCCCGUCAUCUCCCCAUCCCCGUCAUCCCCAUUCCCGCCAUCAUCCCCAUCCCCGUCAUCUCCCCAUCCCCGUCAUCCCCAUCCCCGUCAUCCCCAUCCCCGUCAUCUCCCUGUCAUCUCCCCGUCAUGA